GGGGGUCCGUCAUCACCGUUCAUGAUCUCCGAAAACCCGUGACGAUCCUCAUCGCCGCCGUCCGUUCCUCGAGACAACUUGUCCGAUCCGGUUAGAAACCGUCCGACGCUCCGAUCCCACAUCGUACAGUUCGCAUAUUCUUAAGAACCGAUGAGUACAGAAUUAACUACUCCAUUAACUGCAUUUUCGCUGGAAGAUGAUCAACGUUAUCUUCCCCUGAAAACUUCAGAUAUAGAAGACCAAAUAGUUCCGGAUGUCUCUUUUGUGCCAACAUCUGUACUAACUAAAGAGAGUGUUCGGGAAAACCAACCUUUAUUGAGGAGGACUGAAGAUUGUGCUUGUAACUUUAAUCAUUUUCCUGACGAUCCGCAGUUUUCAACGAUUGUUAAGGAAGCUGAAGUAGCUAUUGGAAAUGGUGUUUACCCUCAACGAAUUUACCAAGGAUCUAGUGGUAGUUAUUUCGUGAAAAACAAUGAUAGUACGAAAACUAUUGGCGUCUUUAAACCCAAAGAUGAAGAACCAUAUGGCCGUCUUAAUCCUAAAUGGACCAAAUGGAUGCAUAAAUUAUGUUGUCCGUGCUGUUUUGGAAGAAGUUGCUUAGUUCCUAAUCAAGGUUAUCUUUCAGAAGCAGGAGCAUCUUUGGUUGAUCAAAAAUUGCAGCUCAACAUUGUACCAAAGACUAAAAUAGUGAGACUUGCCAGUGAGACAUUUAAUUAUUCUGCUAUUGAUAGAGCUAAGGCAAGAACAAAAAAGAAUGUUUCAGAAAGAUUUCCUAAAGUUGGUCGGCAUUUUCAUAGAAUAGGUCUGCCUCCAAAAGUUGGUUCUUUUCAACUAUACGUUGAAGGUUACAAAGAUGCAGACUUUUGGUUAAGGAAAUUUGAAUCAGAACCAUUAUCAGAAAAUUUACAAAGGCAGUUUCAGUUACAGUUUGAACGAUUAGUAGUAUUGGAUUAUAUUAUAAGAAAUACUGAUAGAGGGAAUGACAAUUGGUUGAUAAAAUAUGUUAAACCAGAUUUAGAAAAUGGAAAUAAGAGUUGGAGUCCAUCAAAACCACCAGAAAUUAAAAUAGCAGCUAUUGAUAAUGGUCUUGCAUUUCCUUUUAAGCAUCCAGAUUCAUGGAGAGCAUAUCCAUAUCAUUGGGCAUGGCUUCCAUAUGCCAAAAUUCCAUUUUCUAGUGAAACAAGAGAUUUGGUUUUACCACAGCUUUCAGAUAUGAAUUUUGUGGAAGAUUUAUGUGAUGAUCUGUAUGAAUUGUUUAAGAGUGAUCGAGGAUUUGAUCGUCAAAUUUUUGAGCGUCAAGCAUCAGUAGUCAGGGGUCAAAUAUUAAAUCUUUCUCAAGCACUUAAAGAUGGAAAGUCCCCUGUUCAGUUAGUUCAAAUGCCAGCUGUAAUUGUCGAAAGAAGCAAAAAGGGAAGAGUUAAAGCUAUUAAUGACAGUUUUACACAGAAAUUCCAAGACAAAGCACCAUUUUUCUCUUGGUGUUAAUUUAUAAUUCCAGUACCAGUCUAUCCAUUUUAAAUAUUUCACCUAUAAUUUCAGAAAAAUUUAUAAUUAAGUAUUAUGUGAAUUAUAGUUUGAAUGUAUUCAUUAUCCAUUUCAUUCAGAAGAAAACAAAAUCUCUCUCAUAUAUAAAAAAUACAUAUAUAUAUUAUUAUAACACUUAUUGUUUAAUCAUUAUCUAAGUUAACAGCAUUAAAUUUUUAAUGAACUUUUCUUCUGAUUUAAUUAACAUAAUUUUUCUUAAAUUUUAAUAUAUAUUGCCUUUACAUUAGUAUCAAUACAUACAUCAUCAUUAUAUUCUCUUUAUGGUCUUUGCUUAUUAAUUUAUUAAUUAAUAGUAGUUUGUAACAUGAAAUAAUUUGAACAUAAAUUUGUUACAGUAACAUAUUUC